GCCUAUCAAUUGAACAUUUUUUAAAUUAUAUUAUACUUGCUUUCAUAACAUUUUUAUUGUAUCUCGCGCAAUUAAAAAAUUAAAUUAUUUGUUAUUCUGACUAGAAAGAUAAUGACUAUUAUGAUAACAAUAAAUAUGAGCGAUAGAUCCAGUGACGUUGAUAUCAAUGAAGCAUUUGAGAAUUUGCUGUUGGCAGAAAAUUUAUCUGAACAAGCAGCAUAUGAAGAAGGUUUUCAAACUGGCAAAAACCAAUUAGUAGAUGGAUAUCAUCUUGGAUAUCACAGAGCCAGUUCUCUUGCAGCAUUAUUAGGAUAUUAUUUUGGAGUAUUGAUAUGUAUUCAACAUUUUUGCAAAGUUCCCAAAAUUCUUGAAAAAUCAAGAGCACUUAUGCAGAAGAUACAAAUUUUCCCAUUAGACAAUAAUAAUACAGUUGAUAUUUUUGAUGAUUUUGAUAAUAUAAAAUUGAAUUUUAAAAAGAUUUGUUCCUUAGCCAAAAUAGAAAUUUCAAGUCCUGAAUCGAACAAAUUAGAUUUUUAG